UUCUCUACGUCACCUCUUUCUUUUCCCAAUCUGACCAGUCAUUCAGAUUGGUUAGAUUUGUUGAUGCAGCUCCGCCUACCAGAGCCGUGCUGCCUUUCUAUUGGACAGCUCAGACGCCCGUAACAGGUGCCUCUACCACGCCCCUCGCUCAGGUUCCAACCGUGGAUGUGAAGCCUCCAACCUGGGAUGAGGCAUCAAACUAUGGCGUGGCCGCGGCUGGGGGCGACAGCGGCUCCGGUCCAGAGUUUAGAAUCAGAAAACCACCUGUAAACAUCGAAGAGGAAUUCACGGUUUAGUAAAAGUCAUUGAACGGACGGUAUAAUGCUCCGGGACGCGGUGAACCCCCGCUGAGACUCCGCUUCACAAAGUGUGAAAAGCUGUGGGAUUGAGGCUCCGAACGCGUUGCCAUGUCGUUGCUGUGUGUCAGAGUGAAGAAGGCCAAGCUCCACGGAUCUCCAGACAAGUUCAACACCUAUGUGACGCUGAAGGUGCAGAAUGUCAAAAGCACAACUAUCACUGUGCGAGGGGACCAGCCCUGCUGGGAGCAGGACUUUAUGUUUGAAAUCAACCGGCUGGACCUGGGACUCAUUGUUGAAGUGUGGAACAAAGGUCUCAUAUGGGACACCAUGGUGGGAACAUCCUGGAUUCCUCUUAAGAAUAUCCCACAAUCACAAGAGGAGGGCUUAGGUGAAUGGGUUUUCCUGGAUGCAGAGGUUCUGAUGAAAGCCAAUGAGAUAUGUGGUACAAAGAAUCUAACACCUCACAGAGUCCUCCUGGACACUCACUUUGAGCUGCCUUUUGACAUCCCAGAUGAAGAAGCACAGUACUGGACGGGAAAGUUGGAAGACAUUAAUACAAUGAAAAUGUAUGAUGAGGAUGUUCAGAAUCACUCGCUGCCACUUGCUGCUUCUCCGUGCUGCAACUAUUUCGGAUGGGCUGACCCACUGACGCUGGAUGAUCAGGACAGUGCAGUGGAAGACCGCGACAGUGACUACCGCAGCGAGACGAGUAACAGUCUCCCUCCACGUUAUCACACGACAGCUCAGCCCAACUCCUCAAUGCACCAGUAUCCCAUUGGGCCUCGGCUACAACGCCCCCCUGACUCAUGUGCUGAUUCAGUUCACAGUUCUGAUUUGGACUACAGGGACCAAAGAGGAAGCAGAUUAUUAAAUCAGAAAGGAAGGGUCAGGAUCAUACCUGUAGACUCUGGCAUGGGGUUUGAAGACUGGGAAAACAAAUACAAAGGGCAGGGCAAGCCUCACCUAAGUGACUUUUUAGAUGAUGAGGAAGAGAAUGUAAUCUUUCGAAUGGAAAGACCAUACCCACAACCAUCGCACACUUCUGUCUGUCCAAGUACUCAGCGUCACGGCUUUCUGCCUGCCAUUUACCCCGAGGAAUAUGACACUAUUGACCGGCGACGAAAGAAAAAGACAAGGGACCCAGGAGCGUUCUCCAGCAAAGAGGCAGACAAAAUGAAGAAAGACAUUGCUUUCCUUCAUGAAAGGAGAGAUCGAGUAGCAAAAAUGCAAGAUGAUGACGAGCAUAUGACGUCAUGCCUCCGGCCAUACAAAGAUGGGCUUUUAUACAAAGCAAGAAUGUGGGCUAAGAAUGAGCUUGACCACACGCUGGAGAAUUAUGUGGCGUACAAAAAAGAACAAGAUGCGAGAAUGAGAGCGCAGUUUGAGUUCGAUUUAGAAAGGUCUGAAAUUCUGGAGUACUCUUUUGAACCAGAAGAUGAUUUUAAUAUUGAUGACUUCGCCUUUAUGGCAGAAGACUGUCACCAAGAAAAUGCUCCGCAUUACAAAGACAGGAGUUUGUACACCUAUGAAAGCCACAUAGAAAACUCUCAGGGCAUCAGGGAAAAAAAGAGUGGGAAAGCUAAAAUUGUAGGAUGGGCUCCGGAGGCAAUGCUUUCUCCCGUGGAGGAACCAAGUGAUGAAUAUGUGGACCCAAUGGAUGAACUUCAGUGUUUAGUUGAAACAGUUUCUGAAUACCUAGCUGAAAAAGAGGAGGAAAUUAGUAAGUAUGGUUCCCUUCCUAAAGCUAGCACAUCCAGGCUGUCGUCUCAGGGUAGCAAUAGAACUGACUCUUUGGUAGAGGACCAAAACAGUUCUUUAAAGGAUCCUAGAGCCGAGACAACAUGCAAUACAGUUCCUGCCCAAGGCAUCUCAGGAGUGAAAAAUGUAAUGAGUUCCUUAUUUAGUUCUCUUACAGAUAGAGUUGGAGUCAACUCCAAGCAGCCUGCCUCAUCUCCACAAGCACCACCUACACAACCCCCACAACCCAGCCUAACAAAGCUAUUUUCUUUUAUUCCUAAAUCAAAUAGCUCAGCACCUGUAGCUAUCGUGUCUCCAGUGGAAUCAUCUCCAGAAAAAUCAUUUAGUUCUUUUCCGUCCCAGCAGCCACGCCAUGCUGAAGCACAGUUUUAUAAUCCCGAAACAAAAGUUUCUACAAUGAAUCGGGUUCAAACUUCUACUAAAGAUUAUGCACCUGACUUUGUAUCUAAGCCUCACAGUGACCAAGGAAACACAAUAUUGGGGAAAUUCAAUCGGUUUAAGCUCUUUUCAGCAGAAGAGGAGGGAAACUAUACAUAUAAACCAGUACAGGAGUCUACAUAUCCUCAUGGUGACACUCAGCGUAAUGAAAAUGGUGACCAUCAAGGUAAACUGAGAAUGACCACAGAGCAUGGUAGGAAACAUGAUAAACCAGGAAGUUUAUCACAAGAGAGACAUAUGGGACAAAAUAAAGAUGUAUGCGCGAGACCAAAUUCUGUGAUUCACAAAGAGAAUGUGUGUGUGUCCGAACCAGCAGGGCCAACUCACCAAAGACAGUCAGCAAACAGUGGAUUCUUUAGCCCUUUAAAGAAGUCGUUAGGUUCAUUGAUGGCAGCUGCUGUCCCUGCUCCGCCUCAGGGAGCUCAGUCUGUCACGGUUUAUCCUGUGUUUCGAUCCACAGAGGAUCCUUGCCAAGAAAAACCUGUGGAAGGCCCGUCAUUCAGUAGUAAACCUAAGUUGUCUUGUCUAUCUUCUGAAAAUCUUUCCACUCAAGACUUCAAAGCAGAAGGAAGCAGGCUUUCUGGGUUUUUCAAGUUUGCAUCCAGAAAUGAUGAUAAUGCUGCCAAGAACGUGCAGCACAAUCCUUUACAGUCAUAUCCUACCCCUACUUCCACUGGUUCAAAUCAGAAUUCUUCCAUUAAUCUGCAAUCUCAGAGGAGCAAUUUGCCUCCUGGCGCACAGCAUACGUCAAAUCAGAAAUCAACAGCAGCACCUCCUGGAAUCCAGCAGCAAACUCCCAGUCACCCUGAAUCUCACAGUUUUUUGACUGGCCUUUUUAAGGGAAGUUCUUCUGACAGUAUAUCUCACACAGGCACUAAUCAAUCUAAACAAGGAGGACUGCUAUCCGGACUCCUAAAGUUUGGCUCUACCAGUGACCUAUCUGGCAGUUUGCCACAGCAGUCUUCUAAGGGUGAUCAACCACCCAGUUCCAGUAACCCCUUGUUUUCUCAGUAUCCUAGCGACCAACAAAGUUCAGCUCCACAGAUUGGAGGUGUGUCCUCAGGGCUGUUGUCAUCAACAAAAAACACACCUCAUAAUGUACCUCAUUUUGAUUCUGAGAACCCGAGGAGAAUCCCUGGCAAUUACUCUAAUCAGCAGCAGAGUGUGUCUGAAAGGCAACAGACACAACCUCAGCAAAAGGGACUGUUUUCUGGCUUGUUUAAAUUUGCAUCAUCUGAGAAUAUUUCCACAAGUCAAACAGUUCAUAACCAACAAAGCAAUCAACAUCAUCAAGAGCGUUUAAACCAACACAACACCGAAGGUCCAAACCGAAAGCCCUAUCUCAGCAGCAGAACAACAAGUCAAGAAGUUCUCCCACGAGACACUGCCAAACAAACCUUUACGAGACAACAAACGGUUCCUCUCCAGCAACCAUCUCAGAAAACGGGUGUUUUUUCCGGUCUCUUAAAAUUUGCAUCAACAGACAAUAUCAGCCCCCAACAACACCCGUCAGAUCUACAGCCUGAAGUUACCCCAAGUAAAUCCAGCUAUGAUCAAACAUGGACAAAACAACCACAAACUAGCUCAAAACAAAGAGCUCAAGCCACAAGUCUAUUUUCUGGACUAUUGAAAUCUUCACCAGAAAAUGUGGCUCAACAGCAGCCAAAAAUCAUCCACGAGACAUUAGAACAAAACAAAGUGCCACACAGCCAGACUGCUCCAAAACAAACUGAGGCAACAAGUCAGUCUGCAGUGUUCUCUGGGUUACUCAGCAAGUUCAGAAAAUCAUCUGAAAACACUGAACCCACUUUUGAGACACCAGCCAAACAAUCAUACAUUCAGAAAGAUUUUUCAGAGUAUUAUUCAGUUAAAAUGAAAAAUCCACUUCAAGUCCUGUCACACGCUUACAAAACACAACUAUCAGCACAAGAACAUGUAGAGAGAGAGAAUGUUCCACAAACUGUUCCACAAAAUUUUCUACCUGGGUUAUUUAGCAAAACUGUACCAGAGAACACCGGCACUUAUAAAGAGGUUGAAACACUUGGUCAGAUUAGAGAAAAACAGGCCGCAUCAACUACACCUAACUUGCAUCAGAGUGUAUCAGGAAUGCAGACUCAUCAGUCUACUGUUUCAGGCAAUCUUAUUCCAGGACAGUGCAGGCAUGCUGUAUUCAGUGUGCCUGUCUCAAUUCAUACUGAGAGUUUAGAUUUAAGAACAUCAGCAACUUUUGCAAGAUCUCUUCAAAGUCAGGCAGCAUACUCCUCUGUUAGCACAGAUAAUUUAUCUCAGUUAUAUUAUCCUGGUUCCCUGUCAUCAGUUUACCCAAUGUCAUAUAGUACAGGAAAUAUCCAAUCUAGUUUUGGAUACCAUUCAGCUUCUUCAGUCAUACAGCCAUACACUGGUGGUAGCAGUCCUUUGUAUGAAGCUACAGGGAAAGGUCAGUGGUCUUCUUAUGGAAUAAGUCCCUCCUAUGAUGAAAAUCAGUGGAUCAGUGAAAGUGCUCUAUGGCAGCAGUUUCAGAAUGAAUCACUGAAUUAUGAGUUAAAAGGAGAGACUCAAGGAUAUAAUCAGAGCAGUGGAUGUGCUUUACUACAGGAAUCUGCUCUUUUCUGCGGUCCCUCAAAUACCAGUCAGUCAUUUAACUCUCCUACAUGGCCAGGUAUUGUUUGUGACAAAGAGCAGAUUGGACCAUAUCAGUUUGAGGGGUACAAAUAUGAUGAUCAAUAUUCUAAGAGAAAGUUGUGGAACAGUUAUGAAGACUUGGGAAACAGAGAAUGUUUCUCUAAUGAUGUUGGUGCAUUGAACCUAACUACUAAACAAAUGAAUGCUAAGUUUGGAAGAAGGCAUUCGUUUAAUGAUGGUAGUGCUUACAGCUUGAACCGGGUUUCAUAUCAUGAAGGCUAUUAUGAGGAGACAGCUCCAAGUUUAUCCUAUUCAGCUAACUGGCAAUAUGGCACGAAUAAUGCUGUUCUACCAAAUGUUUAUAUAGAUGGCAUGAUCCAAAACAGUAAUUUAAAUCUGAACCAACCAGUAGAUUCACCGUGUCCUCCAACAGCCAAUACUGAGGUAGACGACUCACUAUACCUAGAGGACACGGAAUGGUAUCAACAGUGGCUAGCACUUUUGGAGCAAGGAAUGUGGUGGGCAGCAGAUGAUGGUGACUGUGGUUACUUUGUUUACACAGAUCAUGAAUAUAUCUAUGCCUUACUUACAGAUGCAGCAGGUGAAUAUGUGUAUGCAUGUGUCCCUGAAGGUGAGACAUGGGCGAAUGCAGAGAAUUCAGAUAUGUUUCCCAGUGCUUGGCUAAACAACGAAAUGAUUUUAGUUUGUGGCUUUAAAAUUCCACUUUACAAUGAGGAUGAGCUUCUUUGGUUACCUGGUCAAGAUGCUAGUGAUUUUCAGCUUCUUAAUGCUCCACUAGAUUUGUCUGAUGCCUAUAGAAAAGGAAAUCAGAUAAUGAAUUUAAAUCUUGAGCAGUUCUCGCAGAUGUUUGAAAAUUCAUUUAUGUCGCAGGGACCAAAAGGUGUAGAUUUCACAUCUUACAGACUAAAUAAAGUCAGGAUGGAUCCAAGACAGCACUGUUAUGUCCAUGAUGACCAAAGUGACGGUGUUAUUGACCUUUCUUAUCAUAAUACAAACCAUGCAGGCCCUUAUUGGAACAACCAAAAAACAAAGUCAUUUCUCUCUCAAAAGAUUGCAGUUUCCUUGAAUUCUGCUCCUGCUUAUACCAAUCAGCAUUUACUAUAUAACUGUUACCAACCUUGCCAACAGCGGCGGCCAUCCACCGGCGUUACAGUCAAACAUGUAGACGAUGUAUCAGAAGAAGAAUGGAGGAAGAGAGUGUUUCCUGGAGAACAACAACCUAAUCGUCAAACCAAAACAAACAUCUCUACCCUCAUAUCAUCAUUUGUGGGAAAAGCAUCACAGCUGGAAUCAAACAAAAGUAACACAUCAAGCUGUGAUCAAACUCCUGACAAACAUCCUAAGAGCAUUCUCUCCUCUGGUUUCCAGAGUUUGAAAUCUAAGAUCAUCAAAGAUGAAUCUACUGUUGCUGCAAGUCAGGUUGAAAGUACAAAAGAACUGCAAAAGCUAGCUACAUCACAGGGAAGAGUGUUGCCCACCCCACUGGAUACUGCACAAGUGAUUCACUCCUCAACACAAUCACAUACAACUUCGCAGAAACCCCGACUAUCACGUCAGACUACCAUGGCACAACAAGCUGCCCCACCAGUACAGCCCAAAGUCACAACACAUUUAGGAUCAAGGGAAUCUCUCAACAAACCUUUAAAAGCUAGCCCCCUUACAACUGAUACACCAUUGGAAAGACCAGUGGAUAAACAACCUGAACAAACCCAGGUGGCCUUCAUGAACCUUCUGAAAUCUGCAGUAGGAAUUGAGGAAACGUUGCCAGAUUCCCAGAAAGCUGCUCAGACAUGCUUCACUCAGCAGAGCAAAAUGGGCAGCACCACUUCUUUACCCAGCAACACUCCUACAAAUAAAGAACCUACAGGGGUGUCAAAUCUGUUUGGAUCAAUAAGCAGCCUGUUUGGCGCUGAGCCACCCCAACCACAAAGACAACAAAUGAAACCUAGUGCUACAGAGGGUUCACUGACAUCAGCUUCAAGACCUAAGACUAUACAAAGACAGCAAACAAUGGACCAGAGUGGUACCCAUCACCCUGCACAAAGCCACCCACCUAACCAAAGUGGUUCCCAAGUAGUCCCUACCAAUUCAGCUGUAAACCAGUCAGAAACUAUGCCAUCAAUGGGACAGAAAAAACAUGAGUCAGGAUCUAAACCGUCAAGUGGACUGUUUGGAUUUUCUUUAGGAGAAAUGUUGACACCAGCUGCCCAAUCUGGAACCACACCAAACAACUCUUCGUCACCUACAGCUCCACAGGAAGAGUCAUUUGGUAAAAGUAUAUUGUCAAUUUUUAGUGGUCCGCAUGCACCAGAUACAACAAAAACAGAGCCCUUGUCAAAGACGCAUUCCUCAAGUGUACCUUCACCACCACCUCAGCAGGAAUCACUUGGUAAAAGUAUAUUAUCAAUGUUUAGUGGAGCAAAUCCUCCACAGACUACAACUAAGACUGACCCUUUGUCACAAACGCAUGUAUCGAGUGUACCUCUGCAACCUCCCCAGCAGGAAUCACUUGGUAAGAAUUUCUUAUCAAUGUUUAGUGGAGCAAAUCCUCCACAAGCUACAACAGAAAAUGAGCCCCUAUCACAAACAAAUUCCUCAAGUGUACCUCCACAACCUCCUCAGCAGGAAUCAUUUGGUAAAAGUUUCUUAUCAAUGUUUGGAGGAUCAAGUCCUCAGCCUUCUACACAAUACAAACCCACAGUUGAGGCACAGAAACAUGGAACUGUUCCUCCAAAGGAACACUCAUCUACAGGAUUUCUGUCCAUGUUUGGUGGUCCCACCACUCAACAAUCCCAAGCACAAACAGGGUCUAUUCUUGGAGGAAUUCUGUCUGGGUCAGCAAGUUCAACUGAAAGUCCAGGGAAAGGACUGUUUUCAAUGUUUAGUGAUUCCACAUCACCACGGCCCCAGCAAACAACAUUAUCGCAGCAAAGAGUGUCUCAAUCACAAUCUCAACAUGGAGGUACACAGACCCAAUACAAAUCACAAGCGCAAGGGCAGCAAACCAUGUCUGCCCCUAAUGAGAGUCCAAGAAAAGCUUUGUUCUCUAUGUUUGGAGAUCCCAGUACUCCUCAGACACCAGGAGCUGGUGGAAAUUCGAAUCAAACUAUGCCAGAGGCUGCUGCACCCAAAGAAGCUGCACUGAAUAUGUUUUUUAAUAAUGCAACAUCCCCUCAACCACAAACUAUAUUAUCAUCAGCUACAGCACUAACUACUACAACUACCUGUAAAAUACAAAGUGAAUUAUUGCAAAACAAGGCCGGUGUUGACUCUACUGAACUGCGUUCUUCUCCACCCACUGACACUACCGUUGAUACAACAACUACUCAUUCAAAUUGUGCCACCAUUAGAAGCACCACUAUUGCUGUGGAAACAAAUUCAGAAUGUGUCACUGUGCAUAAGGAAACAAGUAGAGAAAAUUCAUCACAAGAUCCUGCUUCCUACAACAAACCAUCAACUUCUGGUCUUUUGUCUGCCAUUAAUAAACCACACACUCAAACUGAUGUUAGUGUUACCCAGUCAGGCCAUUCAGGGACUGCAACUGGAGCAUCAGAAUCCAACGACUCAACAGCCAAAGGUUUGUUCUCUGUUUUUGGAGGUUCUCCUUCUCAGCCUGCUUCACAGCCAGGAAGCUCUUUGUUCAGUGCCGUAUUUGGAGGUUCUUCAAUUCAAAUGCCAGCUUCUCAAACAGGAGGAUCACUACUGGGGGGGUUAUUUAGAGGUUCUCCACCUUCCACCACCCCUCAAGGUAACCCUACACAGAAUGGAGGCUCUGCUCCUCAGACAGGGGGAGCUCAAACAGGGGCAUCUUUACUUAGUGGAUUAUUUGGAUCUGCUCCCCAAGCUGGAGGUGGAGUUUUUGGUGGAUCAGCAGCUUCAACUACACCAUCUCAACCUAGUGGAAUGUUUGGUAUAGCUACAACCCAAAGUUCAAUGUCCCAAACUAGCAGCUCAGCCUUAGGAAGUAUAUUUGGUACAUUUCAAGCAGGUACUGUACAGACUAGUGAAUCUAGAAGCACUACCACAAAACUAUCAAAACCCACUAAUGACAGUAAAGCUCUUCCAGCUUUAGUUCGUCCUGUAACAAAUGACACUACUGCGGAAAACACAGAACAGCCUCAAACACUACAUCAACGUGCAGAUUACUGUCUUGAUUCAAGCUUGACAAAAGCUGAUAGUGCUGUGAUUGAGGAAGUUAAAUGCAAAGAUACUGAAAAGCAAACUGCUAUAGUAACAAGUGCAGCGUCACAACAAUAUGAAAUCAGUUCCCCAGCACAGGAACCUAUAAAACUACAAGGUGUGGGUGACCGGGCAAGUCAAGUUACAAUACAACAUAAAGUAGAAGAGGAAAUGCCAAACACUCAAUCAUCAAGUCCUCUGGUUCAGAGGCUGCAUAAGCCAUCAGAACCAGAGAGGUUAAUUGGUGACUCAUCAGCAGAUGGCGUAACAGGCUUUAUGUCAUCUCUCUUUAAACCAGCAGCUGUUCCUACUGAAGACCCUCAGAAACCUCAGAAGAGCUCACUUUUUGGUUUGGGAGAAACAUCACCUCAAGCUACUACCAGUCAAACAGCAGGAUCACUACUAGGGGAUAUUUUUGGAGGGUCCAACACACAAUCAGGUUCCCAGACAGGAGGAUCAUUACUAGGAGGCUUAUUCAAAGGACCCACUCCUCGGUCUGGUCCACAAACCACUUCCCCCAUCACAGGAGGGUCAAUAUUGGGUGGGAUGUUUGGAGGAGGGCCCACUGGCAAAUCUGUAGGCCCCCAUGCUGGAGGAUCUAUAUUAGGUGGAAUGUUUGGUAGUUCUGCAACAACAGCACAGUCUGGUGGCUCUUUACUUGGAGGAAUGUUUGGAAGUGUCACUUCUCAGACUACAGGAUCAAAUACAGGCGCGUCAGUACUUGGUGGCAUAGGCGGAUCUUUAUUUGGGGUUACUGCACAGGCACCUAAGCCAUCUGAACCAAUGCCAUCUGAGCCAAAGACAGCAACUACUCCACAAUCACAAAUUAAAAAUCAAAGUAUGCCAUCAAAAAUUGCUCCAACCGGCGAUGAGUCUGGCAUAAAUAAGAUGGUGGAUUUAGCAUUUUCGAAUAACAGUGAAAUACAGUCCCCCGCUGUCUCAAGUGGUAUAAGCACUGCACAUGAACUCCCCUGUCAGGAACAUGACACUGCAAAAGAUAAACCUGCUGUUGAGGGAGACGUAAUACAUGAAAAGCCUAUGGUCAUCGCAGAAGAGUCAGAGAGUCAAGAAAGUAACAAAUCAGCUCCAUGUGACACUUCACAGGUUGAUCCUAAUUUAACUCAUCAAACUAAUGAGUUGCCCAAAAGCCCACAACUGCCUAAUGCCAAGUCUCCAAUGGAGUUCAUAGGAGCACAAACUGAUGCAGGAAAAUCUUGGGGAUCCCUGUUUUCACCAACAAUACCAUUAAGUGUUCCAUCGUUAGUUCAGACACAAGCAGACAGUGGUCUGUUUUCGGGACUUAAAACACUUUCUGGAAAUCUGUUCAAAGAGGAUAAAUCAGUACCUGGGAAACAAGAGACACCCACUUCUUCAUUUUUUGGCACAAAGUUAGGCUUUCCCUGGCAGGCAGAGCCACUUAAGCCACAAAAUUCCCAAGUUGUAAAGUCUCAACCCAAAACUAACAUGACAUCAAGUGAUCAAACACAUACUGUACAAAAGCUUGCAACAUCUGACGCUCAAAAACAGGAAUCGGUAGGUCCAACAGCGGAUAUAGCAAACUCCCAAAUUUGCAUCUCCACUCCUGAAGUAGAUCCUUCAGCAUCCCUGACCCCAACGGAAUUCAAAAGGCUUGUAGAAACAUAUCCCUCAACAGGUCCUACCUCUGGAGUGCAGCUGGACAUCCAGUCCAAGAAGGAUCUUUUGAUUGCAAAAAGUCCAGUGGAAAGUAAUCGCUUUGGGUCAUCAGGAAACCUGAGCCAGGCCAGCUCCCAACUUAGUGAGACUGGCCAGGAGAGCACUGGAGGCUCAGAGCUAGAGGAGUCCUUCCACUCGUACCACAACACAGGCUUGUACCCCUCCGCCAGUCACACACAUGCAAAUGUGGUGGCCAAUGGGCGGUCGGUCAGUAAACAGGAAGUACACAGGACAUCCUCUGAAAAGGGACGAGGCCUAAACAAGGACACAGUAUCUAAUAAAGUUUCCUCCAAACUCCAAAGAAGUCAGUGUGAUGGGCCAUUACCCUUCUCCCCGUCCAGAGUUCGCUGGUUGAAGGCCAUUAAUAAAGUCAGAGUUCAGCUUCGAGAGGUACGAGAUGAAGAAGAACCAUAUGCAAGACAAGCCUGGGUCAAACCAGGAGGAGGAUCUGGUCUGUAUGGAAUCGACAGCAUGCCAGACCUGCGCAAGAAGAAGCCUAUCCCCUUGGUCAGCGAAGUGGCACUCGUCCAAGCCAGGAAGGCAGGAAUCGCAUCUGCUAUGGCUGCUCGGUCCUCUAUCAAAGAUGAGGAGCUGAAAAACCAUGUGUACAGGAAGACCCUGCAGGCUCUCAUCUACCCCAUAUCCUGCACGACACCCCAUAAUUUUGAAGUCUGGACCGCCACUACGCCCACAUACUGCUAUGAGUGUGAGGGGUUGCUGUGGGGAAUCGCUCGCCAAGGCAUGCGCUGCUCCGAGUGUGGGGUCAAAUGCCACGAGAAGUGCCAAGAGCUCCUGAAUGCUGACUGCCUACAGCGUGCUGCAGAGAAGAGCUCCAAGCAUGGAGCUGAAGACCGGACUCAGAACAUCAUCAUGGCCAUGAAGGACAGGAUGAAGAUCAGGGAACGGAACAAGCCAGAAAUCUUUGAACUUGUCAGAGAGGUAUUUGUCAUCAGCAAAGCCAUCCACGGACAGCAGAUGAAGACCAUAAAACAGAGCGUACUAGAUGGGACCUCCAAGUGGUCAGCCAAGAUCACCAUCACCGUGGUUUGUGCUCAGGGGCUUCAGGCUAAGGACAAGACGGGAUCCAGUGAUCCCUACGUAACUGUUCAGGUGGGAAAGACCAAGAAGAGAACCAAGACAAUUUAUGGCAACCUCAAUCCUGUCUGGGAGGAGAAGUUCCAUUUUGAAUGCCACAAUUCUUCAGACCGAAUAAAGGUGCGUGUGUGGGACGAGGAUGAUGACAUAAAGUCCAGGGUAAAGCAGCGUCUCAAGAGAGAAUCUGAUGAUUUCCUCGGCCAGAGCAUUAUUGAAGUUCGAACCCUGAGCGGAGAAAUGGACGUCUGGUAUAACCUUGAGAAGAGAACGGACAAGUCAGCCGUGUCAGGUGCCAUUCGCCUCCAAAUUAACGUGGAGAUCAAAGGAGAGGAGAAAGUGGCGGCAUAUCAUGUUCAAUAUACCUGUUUGCAUGAGAAUCUUUUCCACCAUUCAACCGACGUGCUCGGCCAAGGUGUGGUGAAAAUCCCAGAGGCUCGCGGGGACGAUGCCUGGAAAGUCUACUUUGACGAGGUUGCACAGGAAAUAGUUGACGAGUUUGCAAUGCGUUAUGGGAUAGAAUCGAUCUACCAGGCCAUGACGCACUUUGCCUGUCUGUCGUCGAAGUAUAUGAGUCCUGGGGUUCCUGCCGUGAUGAGCACCCUGCUGGCUAACAUCAACGCCUUCUACGCCCACACAACAGCCUCCACAAAUGUGCCCGCCUCUGACCGCUUUGCUGCCUCCAAUUUUGGGAAAGAGCGUUUCAUCAAGCUCUUGGACCAGCUACACAACUCGCUGCGCAUCGACCUCUCUACUUAUAGGAACCACUUCCCUGCCAGCAACAAGGAUCGUCUGCAGGAUUUGAAAUCCACCGUGGACCUUCUCACCAGCAUCACCUUCUUCAGGAUGAAGGUCCAGGAAUUACAGUCUCCACCCAGAGCUAGCCAGGUCGUCAAGGACUGUGUCAAAGCCUGUCUCAACUCUACGUACGACUACAUCUUUGAUAACUGCCACGAGCUGUACAGCAGACAGUACCAACCACCAGACACAAAUGUAGAGGAAGUUCCUUUGGAGGAGCAGGGCCCGAGUAUCAAGAACUUGGACUUCUGGCCCAAGCUCAUCAUGCUUAUUGUCUCCAUCAUUGAAGAGGAUAGAAACUCCUAUACACCCGUGCUCAGCCAAUUCCCCCAAGAGCUGAAUGUAGGAAAUGUGUCAGCGGAGGUCAUGUGGACAUUGUUUGCUCAAGACAUGAAGUAUGCAAUGGAAGAGCAUGAGAAGCACAAACUGUGCAAGAGCACAGACUACAUGAACCUGCACUUCAAGGUCAAGUGGCUCUACAAUGAAUACGUCAAGGAGCUGCCAAACGUUAAGGGUGUUGUUCCUGACUACCCGUCAUGGUUCGUACAGUUUGUGCUGCAGUGGUUGGAUGAAAAUGAGGAUGUAUCUAUGGAGUUUAUGCAUGGAGCGCUAGAGAGAGACAAAAAGGAUGGCUUCCAACAAACAUCGGAGCACGCUCUGUUCUCCUGCUCUGUGGUGGACAUCUUCACCCAGCUCAACCAGAGUUUUGAGAUCAUAAAGAAGCUAGAAUGUCCAGACCCUAGUGUCAUGGCCCAGUACAGUCGGCGCUUCUCCAAGACUAUUGUCAAGGUCCUUCUGCAGUACAGUUCCAUUCUGACCAAGAGUUUUCCAUCCUAUAUAGAAAAGGAGAAGAUUCCCUGUGUCUUGAUGAAUAACGUCCAGCAGCUAAGAAUCCAGCUGGAGAGGAUGUUUGAGUCAAUGGGUGCCAAACAGAUGGACACAGAGGCCAGUGACCUAUUGAACGACCUGCAGGUGAAGUUAAACAACGUGCUGGAUGAGCUCAGCUGUACAUUCGGGAACAGUUUCCAGAGCAGUAUUCACAACUGUCUGCGGCAGAUGGCGUCUCUUCUAUACCAGAUCAAAGGACCCAUCAACGCCGACAACAAAAAUCAAGUGGAAGCCGACUCUGACAACAUGUUAAGGCCACUGAUGGAUUUCCUGGAUGGAAAGCUGACACUUUUUGCAACAGUGUGUGAGAAGACCGUGUUGAAGCGUGUGCUGAAGGAACUGUGGAGGAUCGUGAUGAGCAGCCUGGAGAAGACCAUAGUCCUGCCUCAGGGCCACGAUACUUUGGGGUCCCAUUUACUGUCGGCAGCAAAAGAAUUGGGCCAUUUGUCCAAACUCAAGGAUCACAUGGUGGGGGAGGCCAAAUCCUUGUCUCCCAGGCAGUGUGCCGUCAUGGAGGUGGCACUGGAGACUAUUAAGCAAUAUUUCCAUGCCGGAGGGAACGGCCUGAAGAAGGCGUUCCUGGAGAAGAGUCCUGAACUGUCCUCGCUUCGCCACGCGCUGUCGCUGUACACUCAGACCACAGACACACUCAUCAGGACCUUUGUGACCUCCCAACAUGCUCAAGUGCACAAUGGAAAGGGUAUUAGGUUAACUCCUAAUGAAAAAAUACAGCCCAGCAGGGGUUCAGCGGUGGGCAACCCGAUAGGAGAGGUGUCUGUUCAGAUUGAGCUGUACACUCAUCCAGGGAAUGGAGAGAGGAAGGUCACUGUCAAAGUUGUGGGAGCCAAGGAUUUAAAAUGGCAGACGUCGGGCAUGUUCCGACCCUUCGUAGAGGUCACUAUGCUGGGUCCUCACCUCGGCGACAAGAAGCGCAAAUUUCAGACUAAAUCCAAGAACAACAACUGGUCUCCCAAAUUCAACGAGACCUUCCACUUUGUCCUGGGGACUCAGGACGGCUUCGAGUGCUACGAGCUGCAGGUCUGCGUCAAAGACUACUGCUUCGGCCGCGCCGAUCGAGUGGUGGGUCUGACUGUGAUUCAGCUGAGAGACAUCAUGGAGAGGGGCAACUGUGCCUGCUGGUGCCCGCUGGGGCAGCGCAUCCACGUGGACGACACGGGCCUCACAGCCAUGCGCAUUCUGUCGCAGCGCUCCAACGACGACGUGGCCAAGGAGUUCGUGAGGCUGAAAUCAGAAACUCGAUCGGCCGACGAAGGGAGAUGAGGAGAGCCGGUGCAGCCGGACCGGAUGGAGCAGAGGAGCCAGAGUCUGGGUGUUCAGACAGACAGUCAUGUUCUAUGUCUUCAUUAGGCAGGUCCUGUACGUCACACAUCCUCUCAGUCACCAGCCGUCGCACAGCGAGAGUCGACCCUGGUUCUGUACCGGUCGCCUCGCUGACGCCUCCCGGGAACGGAGGCGAGUUCCCACACCUGCCCAGUGUUGUUGUGCAAUAACCCCAAGGUAAAGUGUCUGAUGCCUUACACUCUGUAAGCUGUGAAUGAAUGUUUGAGUCGACGCCCGCUGUGAUGGCCAAAUGUGAAAACACUGCAGUUUAUUUUAGCAGCUCUUUCCUGUUCUGUUCUUUGAGCCACUGGUUUCUAGAAAACGGCCCCAGUGUUUGAACAACAGAACGGCUGAGGAUGUUUUACAAGCUGUGGAAUCUUAAGCUGAGUUGAGUGAAGAGUUGAAUGUGUGCCUUUAUAUUUGUUUUUCUCCUGUGGAAGGUGACAUGUUUUAACAAAUGCUAAUAUAUUUAGAUCAAAAUCUGAUGAAACAAGAAGCCAACAACGUGGACGUGAUACAGUAGGUCCGUCUUAUUGUGGCGAUAUUUAUUUAUAGGUUCAAAUAACAAGUCGUGGCCUAGUGGAACCACCAGCGCGUCGUUUUAUUUAUUUUUUAUAUUUAAAAGUAUUUAUUGUUGCCUGCCAUUUAAAAAAUGUGUUUACUGCUGAAAAUGUUUUUGGGUUUUCCAGAUGAGUGUGUGUGAAUUUGCACAGUUCCAAUGGUUAAUUUUUGUAUGAUUGUGCUCAUACACAGCCAUUUCCUACAGUAACUGGUCAGACCCUCAGAAAAGUGACGUGGUCGGCAGAUUUUAAAACCUGUGGGAACCGACCUUGGCUCAGAUUUAUGUAACUCACGCUCGCUUGUCUUCUACUCAUCCAAUGAGUGGCCUUACUUUGUUAAGCUGUCAAACUAAAAUGUCAUCAUUUUUAACGUUAGCGCUCAGCAGUGAGAAAUCCUUUACCCAUAAUGAUGCUACUUUCCCAAGUGAUUUCCCUGUUUUGUUUUAAUUUUAUCUUUAUUUUUGUGAUAUUACAAAUGUAACUGUUUUAGCCUGAGGAUUGUUUGCAUUCUGCUGUCUUUUAAAAGUUUUCCUUAAUUUUACGUAAUAGGUCGAUCACUUUAUGUUCGAUAUGUGCCAGUGAACCUGUUUCUUACUGAUGGAGACAUAUUAAAGAGAACCUCGGUGUCGGAUGUGGACUCCUCGUUGUUAAACUCCACUAAUCCUUGUGAAAACUGUCUGUUGGUGUAUGAGGGCAAACGUUUUAAGUCAAAUGUGGAUGUUCCUUGUGCCAAGUUGCAAAUGUUCAGAUUAUUUUUUUUUUUAAAUAUUUUGUAAGGUUGUCACCCUUUUAAUCACUGAAUCACUCGUGCACAACGUGAGUCACUGUAAUUGCAUUUAUCGUUUAGUUUUCUUUGUAUUGUCACUGAUAUGUCGUCAUCAUGUAAACAUUGCAAUUACUGAAUUUUGUAUAAAGUAUCUGACAUGAACCUGA